CCGCCCCCUCCGACGUCACGCGCGGGAUUCCUACUUAAGCGCCCGCCGCCUCCCCCUGCCUCGCGGUACUGCAGCGGCAAUCGGAGGGCUCGGUCAUUGCGCGCACGCUUUGCUAGACUUACCCAGAGCUACAAGAUGUCUCUCAAGGAAAAGCUGAUUGAAAAUGUUCACAAAGAGGAACACCCUCAUGCCCACAACAAGAUCACUGUGGUUGGGGUUGGUGCAGUUGGCAUGGCUUGUGCCAUAAGCAUUUUGAUGAAGGAUUUGGCUGAUGAACUUGCCCUCGUUGAUGUCAUGGAGGACAAGCUGAAGGGAGAGAUGUUGGACCUUCAGCAUGGCAGCCUCUUUCUCAGAACACCAAAAAUUGUCUCUGGCAAAGACUAUGCUGUGACUGCACACUCCAAGCUGGUCAUCAUCACUGCUGGAGCCCGCCAGCAAGAAGGCGAGUCUCGCCUUAACUUGGUUCAGCGCAACGUGAACAUCUUCAAAUUCAUCAUUCCCAGCAUUGUCAAGUACAGCCCUGACUGCAAGCUGCUUGUUGUUUCAAAUCCAGUGGAUAUUCUGACCUAUGUGGCCUGGAAGAUCAGUGGCUUCCCUAAGCACCGUGUGAUUGGAAGCGGUUGCAAUCUGGAUUCUGCCCGUUUCCGCCACCUGAUGGGCGAGAGGCUGGGCAUCCACCCUCUCAGCUGCCAUGGCUGGAUUGUUGGAGAGCAUGGAGACUCCAGUGUGCCUGUCUGGAGUGGCGUGAAUGUUGCUGGCGUCUCGUUGAAAACUUUGCAUCCAGACAUGGGGUCUGAUAGUGACAAGGAGAACUGGAAAGAAGUCCACAAGCAUGUGGUAGAAAGUGCUUAUGAGGUUAUCAAGCUGAAGGGAUACACAUCUUGGGCAAUUGGUCUUUCUGUGGCUGAUCUAGCUGAAACUCUCAUGAAGAAUUUAAGGAGAGUGCAUCCAGUUUCUACAAUGGUGAAGGGCAUGCAUGGAAUUAAAGAUGACGUCUUCCUUAGUGUUCCUUGUGUCCUGGGCUACUCAGGAAUUACCGAUGUGGUGAAAAUGACCCUGAAGAGCGAAGAGGAAGACAAGUUGAGGAAGAGUGCAGAUACACUCUGGGGGAUCCAGAAGGAACUUCAGUUUUAAGCCUGGUGUCCUAUCACUUCACCGCUUAACUAGUGUUUAAUGGGUCUUAGUGGAUUGUCUUGUUGCACUUUUCAGAUAGAUCAACUCCCUUUAUGAUGUGUGUCAACUACCAACACAAUGCAGAGCUAAAUUUGCAAAUGAAAUGCCUAUUUUAUCCAGUAGGAAACUUGCAGCUCCUGUUUACCACAACCCCGGUAUGUGGCCAGAACUGGAAGAACCUAGUCUCUUGUUAAGUGGUAUAAAAGUAGAUCCAGCAUGCUCUGAAACAACACUGCCAAAUGGAAGCUUCCUGCCUUUCCUCAGCUAAACUUUAGUCACUCAGAAGAGAAGAGCUCAAUUGGUCUUCCAAAAGCUGUAGAAAACCAAAGAAUAUUUUGUGAUCAAAAAGGAUUGGCAGAUUCACUGACCAAUAUUCUCUGCUUAACAGAUGACUUAAAUCUCCAGUAUUGAGCAGUUGUAAUGUCCUUUUUCCUUAGUCUUUGUGCAUACUUUUCAAGAGAACCAUGUGUACUCUAGAGGAGUGUCUUAAAUGUUAUGUAAAAAAAAACCUCUGUAUGCAACUGAUGCAAUUGUCUAACUGUAGUACCAGCCCAAGCAACAAAAUAAACAGUUAACUGCUACUUCUCCGUGUCUAUAUGGUCGGCUGUAAACAUGACUAAUCUUCAGAGACAUGCACCCUUUAUUGCUAUGUAAGCCAGGGUGGGCAGAGAACAGAUCUGUAUUAUUUAAAGUAAAUCAACAAGGAUUAAUGACUCCCUCCCGCUCCCAAAUACCACUAAAAUGAAAGUCAGAGGGUGCAGGUUAACCAACAGUGCAUUAUUGUAAUGGUCCCUAAGACUAAAUCUGGUCAAAUGGACAAUGUGCCCUAUAACUGAAUAAACUAGCAAUGUUAUUGUGAAUAGGGGGGGCUGAUAACUGAUCUACAAUUCUAAGCAUACAUAGUCCCCCUGAACAAAAUGGGCCUUAUUUCUUCUGUGUAAGUAUGCAGAGGAUGAGACUAGAAAACAAACACACAUUUUAUCCCAACCUGCUACUAACUUUACGCUUUUAUUAUAAAUUAAUCUUGAAAGUACACGUAUGAAGUUUCCAGCUACAUUCUACAUUAGACAAACUUGAGACUACAGCAGUGGCAUUUGUUACACAAAUGUCUGUAGCACCCCCAAAAAAGUGUUAACACAACAAAUUUUAUUUAGCCAUCAGCCCACAAAUGCAAAAGGUUUACAGAGAAUAGAAAGUGCAUUAAUAAAGCUAGUCCUUACCAAAAAAA